CUCCCUCCGCGCCCCACCCCGCCCCGCCGCGGUGCAUGGCGGGCCGGUGGUAGUGAGGCGGCCGGCUCCAGCUCCAGGCCCUGACGAUGAGCUGAGGCCGCGGCUUUUCGGGGCUGCUUCCUUGGUGUUGGGUGGAGGAUAAGCGAAGAACGCUGUCGCCAUCUCUCGUCGCAGUUCCUCCCUGAGCCAGUAUUUUGAGUAUUAUACUGAAGCCAAAGCAGCAAAACUGCUCAUAGUACAUAUAUAACACAAAUUGAGAUUGAUCAUGAAGACCUUUUGUGGAAGAGCUAAUCCAACCACUGGUGCAAUGGAGUGGAUAGAAGAGGAUGAGAACUAUGACUACCAUCAGGAAAUUGCAAGGUCGCGCUAUGCAGAUAUGCUUCACGAUAAAGACAGAAAUGUGAAAUACUACCAAGGUAUUUAUGCUGCAGUGAGCAGAGUAAAAGCAAGAGGUGAGAAGGCAAUUGUUCUAGACAUAGGGACUGGCACAGGACUCCUGUCUAUGAUGGCAGCUUCCGCUGGUGCAGAUUUCUGCUAUGCAAUUGAGGUUUUCAAGCCCAUGGCUAAUGCUGCUGUGAAGAUAGUGGAGAAAAAUGGUUUUCGAGACAAGAUCAAGGUAAUCAACAAGCACUCCACUGAAGUCACAGUUGGCCCAGAUGGGGAUAUGCAGUGUCGUGCAAACAUCCUGGUAACAGAAUUAUUUGAUACUGAGCUGAUAGGAGAAGGAGCUUUACCAACCUAUGAGCAUGCACACAAAUAUCUUGUACAGGAAGGAUGUGAGGCAGUGCCUCACAGGGCAACAGUGUAUGUCCAAUUAGUGGAAUCCAAAAGAAUGUGGUCCUGGAACAAACUGUUUCCUGUACAUGUCAAAGCAGAGGAUGGUGAAAAAAUUAUUGUCUCGCCUUCAGAAAUGGAGAACUGUCCAGGUGUUCCUUCUGUUUGCGAUAUCCAACUGAAUCAGAUGCCUUCAAGUGACUUCACUAUCCUUAGUGAUGUGGUGACUAUGUUCAGCGUGGAUUUCAGUAAGCCAGUAAGGAGUGCUUCUACCUACUACACAGUGCAGCUGGAGCCUGUAAAAUCUGGCAAGGCACAAAUUGUACUUUCCUGGUGGGAUAUUGACAUGGACCCCUCUGGGAUGAUAAAUUGCACAAUGGCUCCAUACUGGGUAAAAUCCACUUCUGCUUUCCAGUGGCGAGACCACUGGAUGCAGUGUGUCUACUUUCUUCCAAAUGAGGAGCCAGUUCUCCAGGGUGAGAAGGUGUACCUGACCGCCUGUCGUGAUGAGUACUCCGUGUGGUAUAAGCUGCAGAAAGCCAGAGGAGACGAGGAGAAUAAAGCAGAUGUUCGUGUUGAGAGUCCUGUUUGUAGAUGUCAGGCUCAUCUUCUUUGGAAUAGACCACGCUUUGGAGAACUAAAUGAUCAGAACCGAACACGCCAAUACAUCAAAUCUUUAAUGAAAGUUCUGAAAACAGAUAGUGUUUGCCUUUGUAUCAGCGAUGGCAGCCUGCUGCCUAUGCUGGCUCACUAUCUUGGAGCAAAGCAGGUGUUUACAUUAGAAAACUCUGCUGUGUCCUGUUCUGUCAUGAAAAAAUUUUUUAAAGCGAAUCAUCUUGAAGAUAAAAUUAAAAUAAUAGAAGCGCAUCCUGAAUCGCUGACAUCAUCUCAUUUGGAAGAUAAAAAGAUUUCUGUUCUUGUGGCAGAGCCGUUUUUUACGACAAGUUUGUUGCCAUGGCAUAACCUGUAUUUCUGGUACGCUAGGACAGCUGUGACCACUCACCUUACCAGCAAUGUCACUGUCCUACCUCAGUCUGCCUCUUUGCACAUGAUGAUUGUGGAGUUUCAGGACUUAUGGAGAAUCCGGAGUCCGUGUGGCACCUGUGAAGGUUUUGAUGUUCAGACUAUGGAUGAUAUGAUUAAAAAUUCUCUGAAUUUCAAGGAAUCCAAGGAAGCAGAACCUCAUCCUCUGUGGGAAUAUCCUUGCAAGUCACUCUCUGACCCCCAGGACGUUUUGACAUUUGACUUCAGAAAGACUGUACCGCAACAUUGUCUCAGCACAGAGGGUUCUGUAAAUCUUCUACGGAAAGGAAAGAGCCAUGGAGCAGUUCUGUGGAUGGAAUAUCAUCUUGAUGCUGAUACCUCUGUUAGUACAGGACUGAUGCAGAUUUCAAACGAAAAGGGAAACUGUGAAUGGAAUCCCCACUGCAAGCAAGCUGUUUAUUUCUUCAGUUCUGUUAUUGAAUCAGAAACUCUGUCAGACCUUCCUAGUGCUGUCACGUAUGCUAUAAAUUUCAACACAAAGACAGGAGAGAUUGCCAUGGAUUUUAAGCUGUUUUAGAAGACUUCCCUUUUACUCAUGUUCCUAAAUUAUAAUAAACUUAUAUAAUAUUUUUUGUAUGGCAAAGGGAUUUUUUUUUUAAUUGUGCUCAGAGGGCAAACUGACUGUUCCAAAAUAGACUUUAAACCUUUAUGGUUUUGCUUUCAAAAUACAUAGUUGGCAAGCUAGAGAAAAACACUUCCCUAAGGACAGGUAUUCCAGACAGGGUUUAUAUACGUAUAUACACAUACUUGGUUUUUAUCUGUUUCAGUGUGAAAUUCUGGUAUUUUUGGGCUUUGAAUAAUGUUAUGGGGCUACAGAACAGUUGCCAUGCAAUAACCAGCAAGUCAUGUGAGCGGAUGAAAACACUAAACCUUACACCAACAGCAGAUAAGAGAGUUAAACUCAUCUAUUUCCAGGCUUUGCUCUUGUCGCUGUAAAAUGGGAAAUAAUCUUCAGAGUCCCCAAAAAGAAAUCCCAAGUCAAGCUACAUAUGUCUAUUAGUACACUUAAUAGGGAGAAGGAAACAGUUUAGCUGCUCGCAAACUUGUGUAAGUUGUGGCUGGUAUUAGACUGAAAUGGUCAGUGAAUUAAAAUAUGAUGCACUGGUGUUCUGCUGGAGUCUGAGCUGCUGUAUUUCUGAAGAGGUGUUUGCCAAACAGUGACCAAAGUCUAGAAAGGUGUAACUGGAAGUUAGAAAAUGUACCUAUCUGGGUUAAUUGGAAGUGACAAAUUGAUGCUAUUCUGACCAGAAACAAAAGAAGAGGCAUAGUCUAAAAAACUUGCAAAUCUGUAAGAGGUAUUUAAUAUGCAUCAUGUGAUGAAAAAUGCGGCCUUACACACAUUCUGUCAGAGGUCUAAAUAAUAUCUGCCAGUUUAGCUAAAGUUAUAUAUUGUUCUGCAAUAGCACAUGUCCACAACUGAGGUUUUCUUAACUGCAUUCCAAAUCACGGUGGCUGAAAUAGUAAUGUAUGUCCAUGCAUGUGCAAUUUAAUUCUGCUUUAGAUGAACAGUCGGUGCAUCCACCUUGUAUGUGUGACCUAUUAAGGGAAGUAGAACAUCAAUGUACUGCCUGUCCUAAAUUAUGUCAGCCAGCUGCAGGGAUAACUGCUUACCAAAGGUACUCCUGUUUCCUCUGAGCAGCAACUUCAGCAAAGUGAAAGGAAUGCCAUAAAGAAGCCAUGAGGGAGCAGGAGCCUGCUCUACUUUACUUUCCUGGUCACCAUGAUAUAUAAUUCUGUGCUGUGACCACAGGACUGGCUGCCUGCUGAAAGACUUCCAGAUGAGCUGUCCGCAUACCCUUUCUGGCAGUGCUUCGAGUUUCUUGUUCUGUGGGCCUGUCCAGAGAGGACCAACCCUAGAGACAUAACCACUCCUAUCUUUUCACCCACAGAAGCCAAUUCUAUUAGACUUGGAGAAGCAGCAACUUUUCCUUCCCUCUUUUUCCUCCUCCCCAAGUACCCUCAAGUAAAUAAAUUAUGUUUGUUUCUUUUACAGUCCAUAAAACACCCCUCAAUUUGUGAAAUGUUAAAUGGCAAGCAAUGAGCGGGCAUUUUAAGGUAUUGUUUAAAGCAUGUGGGAGGAUUAGGAAUUGCAUACUUCUGUAGGUUAUCUGGAGUGCACGCUUCUUCAUCAUAUAAUCCUUCAGGAUCCAACAAGGUACCUGUGAACAGAAAGGGAGAUGUGACUGUCCCAGCAUACCUCCUGUGACUUGCCUCUCAGGAGCUUCGGAGGGGCAGAGGUGUGUGAAGACAGCAUCCCUGAGGGGGAGAGGAGACUGCUCUGACUGAGAGUGCUUUGCAUUCAUUUCUCCUCCAUCCAGACCUCCCUACUCCCUGCUACCUUUCAAAACCUUACCUCUGCCCUUCCAGUUUCUCAGCCCCAAUGUCUGUGAUUUUUUUUUUCUGCUACAACAGAAUAAAGCCAUGUUAUAAAUGGU